GCGGCCGCCGAGUCCUUCACUGGGCUGCAGCUGAGGUCAGUGCGAGGACCAGGUGAUCUACCGGGAGCAAACUCUGUGGAGGACACCUACAAACUUACCGGUGACAUAUUUUAUAAACCCACCUUGUCACAUCUGGCUCCUGCAGAAUGACGAUGAGGAUAAGAGAGCUGCCAAGUCAUGGAUAGAUCGCAACAAUGACACAUGAGAACCUCGCAAGCUCCCAGCUGUCUGUCAAGGCUGCUGCCCUGCGCAUGGUCCACUUACCUCUGUCCAUGUACAGCUCUCUGACACAGGUGAGUAUAAGCACAGGAACCAAGAAGCUGGUAGCGGCCACUGCCUUCGGUGCCUUCUCGCUCCUGUUCCUUGCACGCCGCUUCCAGAGGAGGAAGGGCAGAAAGAAGGCCCAGUCUCUUCAGUGGGAGAAGGCUGGGUUUGAAUUUUUCCCACCAGUCUCAGCAGAUAAUGAUAACACCAGCCAAAAUAUCACCCUCUCCCUCAACUCCAAGAAUGGCCUCUCGACUGGUCUGCUCCUCCCGACAGGAGACUACAAAAGACUGUCUGGGUCUCUCCUGAGCCUGGCCUCGGUAAAAAGCAUGAACUCAUCCAGCAGCAGCACCUGCGCCAAUGAAUCCUCUUGUUGGGAUCGGACAGGGGAGGCUGAUAUCUGCGCUGUUGUCAACAUACCUGUGACCACACCUGAAAACCUGUACCUUAUGGGUAUGGAUUUAUUCGAGGAGGCUCUAAGGCGGUGGGAGGAAGCCUUGACAUUUAGGAGCAGGCAGGGAGACGAUGAUGCCAGCUGUGCUGCUGUCAAAACAGGAGCUGGAGACGCCAUCGCGGAGCAGGGCAUGGAGGACGUCAUCAGUGCAGAAUUCAUCCAUCGGCUGAAAUCUCUGCUCCAGAGGGCCUACAGCCUUCAGGAGGAGUUUGAAGGAGUGUUAUGCAUGUCAGAGCCUUCCUCCCACCAGGAUAAAAUCUUGGAAAUUUUGUCCAGAGAGGAGCUGGAGGAUGUUUGUUUGAGAGACACCAUGAGCAUCGCGAGCACCGACUCAUUUGUGUCUGCUGCUGAGCUGUCGGAGCACAGAGAGCUGAGGAGCGUCCUCGCUCUUGGUCAUCAUCCUUUCUAUGAAGAGGCGCUGCAGAUGGCUGAGGAGGGAAAGAUCUCCUGCAGGGUGCUACGGACUGAAAUGCUGGACUGCCUUGGAGAUUUAGAUUUUCUGGCCAAGUUGCACUGUGUGCGGCAGGCGAGUCAGCUCAUACUUUGUGAGAGAAAGACGAGGAUGUUUCUGGCCGACACUGGAAAGAAAAUCCUGUCCUCCAUUAUUGUAAAAGCUCAGAAGAGCCCAAAGAGAUUCGAAGAGGUGUUUGAGGAGAUGAUUUCCUUCCUUGAGCACACGGAGCACUGGGAAAACACAGAGGUGGAGCUAGCCACACGAGGGGUAAAGCACUUAAAUUUCUAUGACAUAGUGUUGGAUUUCAUCCUGAUGGACUCAUUUGAGGAUCUUGAGAAUCCGCCCAUCUCCAUCCAGAAUGUGAUCAACAACCGCUGGCUCAACAGCUCCUUCAAGGAAACAGCGGUUGCAUCAAGCUGUUGGUCAGUGAUGAAGCAGAAAAGACAGCACAUGAAGGUUCCUGACGGCUUCAUUGCACAUUUCUAUGCCGUGUGUGAACAGAUCAGUCCCGUCCUGGCCUGGGGCUUCCUGGGGCCAAAGAGCUCCCUGCACGACCUCUGCUGCUUCUUCAAGGAUCAGGUGCUGUUCUUCCUCAAAGACAUUUUUGAUCUGGAUAAAGUGCGUUACUCCUCCGUGGAGACUCUAGCAGAGGACAUGCUCCACCUGCUACACCGGCGCUCUGAGCUGCUGCUGGCCUACCUGGGAGCUGACUCCCUUCGGCACAUCAACAACUGCAGCUUGACGCAGGUGCAGCUGCUGCCCAACAGCGCCCUGCUGGAGGCAAAGGUCCAGUGAAGGCGUGAACUUCUCUCUGAACAGACCCGGGUUAAGAAAACUACACACGGAUCUCAGCUUUUAAUGUGGGGGAGGGGUUCACUACAAUUGUGAGGGCAAAGACCAAGAAGACCUACCACACUGGAACUGAACAGCUGUAAUGUAAACACGAUUUCACUGAGGUCUGGAAUCCACUCAUAUCUCCCAUCAUGCUUUGUGCUGUCAUGAUCCAUAUGAACUGUACCAGCUGUCUGCCUUCACAUUUUAUCAUCCUCGCCUCGCCCCACUCACAGUGCCAGUAUCACAGUAUCAUAGCAGUAACAUCUCUAUUAAACGUUGCAGUAGAUAUUUAACAGUGUAAUGUAGAGCUAUAUGUAAUGCUGCUAAAACGAUGUGUGAACAUGAAGAGGGAAUUUUAUAGUAUUUAUUUUGCUAUAGAAGUAUAUUAUGCAGGGGUUAUUUUUAAGAAGCUGUAGUUUUAUCUGUAUGCAUCAAUGAUAUUGUGAUCAGCUUCAAAUGUGAGUAGUUUAAGAACAAUGUUGUAAAGUAAACUUUAUCAAAUGAAGAUUUAUUAUCUGUAUUUUCACAUCCUUCUGAGCAUCAGCAAUGCAAACCAUUAAAUAAAUGUACUGUGUUUUUGUAACAUGCACAGAAGUGAAAUAUUAAAUGUGAUGGGACAUUCUUGCAUUGUCAUUAUAUUAAAGAUGAAUAAAAGGGAAAGCAUUUUUGGAA